CAGCUGCAGCGUGUUGCCGGGCAACUACAGAUUCCCGUGCCAUAAAAACCAACCACGGAUUAUUACGGUUUAAAGUUAGGGAUAGUUUCAGUGGCUUAUUAACCUUCGCAGCUGUAACUUCUGCACACCUGGUGGUUGACGUUACUCGUUAGCGGGGCUUAGUAGUCUAAACUUUCAGUUAUCUGUAACUGCAGGGGGCGCAGUGUUGUCACAAACUGAUGAAAAUCAAUAAAGCAUGAGCCGCAUGUGUGACAAGAAUUCAUCAGAAAAAGUACUACAUGUUUCAAACAAGCAGUCAAAACCAACAGAUGAAACAUUUUGUUCAGCCAAAAAAUUGACUGCAGGCCCCAUUUGUAAUGAGACAGAUGGGCAUUGCAAAAGAAAACGUCUAAAGACCCGCAAGGAGAGGAGUCAGGUUAGAGGUGGUUGGAAAGACACCUCAAGGACCAAAUAUCACCAUCACUGCCACUGCCAAAUCAGGAAAGACAUGGCUUAUUUCCAGAACAGCUGUCAAAGGACAUCAAAGAAAACUGCACCAAUUUCAAGUGCUGUCGCUGUUGCACAGGAGCCCAGUAUCAUCACAGACAACCGCCUGAUUGGACACCAUGGCCUGUUCAACCAUGAGGUGAAGUCCAUUGAUAUUGAACGUCUGUUAAGUGAGCAAAGCAAAUACGAUAAAAGUAGACAACAAGUGAAAGAAAAACCCAAUAAUACCUCACACCUGUCCUCUUCGUCUCAUAUUCAUGCUCAGCUCUCCAGUGAUGGCUUGUUGGCAGUUGAUGUUGAUGAUGUGCAGUUUAAAAAGAAAGCAGACCCUGCUGCAAAGAGCCAUGGUGGCUGCCAAGAGGCAGAAGAGAAGAACCUUCAACUGAAUAAACAGGGAUCCGAUAUUACACCAGGACAGAGACCACAGCAACAUCUGGACCUUUCUUCUGGAAGUUUUAAAAGCAUCCUGUCAUCUAAACACAGCUCAAACAGCGUAGAAAUAACCAAAACCAAGAACACCAACCAUGUGGUAUCUAAAACGCACACUCAGUCACAGCUGACUCCUUUUGAUGAGAAGGACAAUGCAAAGACCUCAAACAUUAACGCGAAGAGACACAUGACUUCUGCUACGGACCAACCCCAUAAGAACAAAGAUCAUCAGGCUCAGCGAGAUGGUUUCAACCCAAACCCACUUCAAGUCUCCAGCUCAUCUACUGCAGACAGCGGUGACAUACAGCACAAAAGACAAGAUCCUGCAUGUGCAUCAAAGUCUGUCACUGCAGUGGCAACAGGCUUGUGUGAGUCUUUGUAUUUCCCUCUUCUGAAAAAGAGAAACCUUGUGUCAGAGAUCAGGGAGGUGCUGCUCAAGUCCCUGCAGGAGAAGCAAGGGCCCUUGCUUCAAGCAAACCUCCUUGAGGUGCAGAAAUGUAUUAGAUUUGGUAUACAUCCUGCACAGGCUGUCCGAAACCAGGAGCCAGUCAUGAUGGAAGAAGAUGUGCUUUUGUCUACAGGUAAACUUUACGAUGCACCUCCCAGAAAUAGACAUUUUGACUGGAAGUCCACUCCACAGCUGCACCAAAGUCUACAACAGACUACUGAGUGGCUGGAAAACCCUGUGGAUGAACUACUCAGACCAGAUGUCUCUCCUGAAUUGUACUUGGACUUUGAGUCGUCUAAGGCUUCACCGUGUCAUUUUUUUGUUCGCUCUCCCACCUUGUGCAGUGGAGGAAGAGCCUCAGCUUUUGAUCACUGGGAAAAAAGUCUCAAAAAAUCAAAGAGUAAAGAGUCAGUUCUAUUUGAUUCCUUUAAAAACAGCUUUAUUGACAACACUGCAGAAAUCGAAGAGAGUAGUUUUGGGCGACAGUACCAUUACAAUAACAUUCAGCCAUUCUUUCCCUACCAAGCAGAGUUCCAAGAUGGAUAUUCAGCAGUGGGAAAGCACCUUGUCAAGGAGCAAGACGCAUUUGUAGCUGACAGAUACUCUUUGGCUCCCUCUUACCCUGCCCAAAUUUACCAACCUCCUCAAAGCAGUUACAUCCAGCCUUUCAGCCAAUACAGUCAACCUUUAGCUUUCCCAACCCUCAGGUCCCAUCACAUUGAUAUGAUGCAUUACCCACCAUCCCACAUGCUUGACAGAAGCCCAGCACCUGCACCUUCUUCCUUCCCGAGCCCUGAGCAGUGGUCCUUCCCUCGUAUGAGACUGUACUAA